UGUUGCUGAAACUUCUCGCUCCGCCACUCACGUACUGGAAGCAGCCGAGAAAACCUCCACUUCACCGUCCAUCAUGAGCGAGAGACAAGGAUCUGGAGCAGCUGCUGGCAACAACAAGACAUCUGGAGAACAAGAUGCGUCCAAGACGGACGUCCCAGAGGACUUCGACAUCGACAUGGAAAACCCGGAGACCGAGAAGGCGGCCGUCGCCAUUCAGUCCCAGUUUAGGAAGUUCCAGAAGAAGAAGCGCGUUGAGAAGUCCUAG